AUGCAGUUGAAAGACCGUUGCUUAGUUGUUGUCGCACUAAUUACAGGGCGUAACUUUCCUAAUCGACCUAUUCAUCAUUUAGUAUGUGAGGCCAAAUUCAAUAAUGAAGUUUUGUCAACUGAUCCAGUUGAACAUAAUGAGGAACCCCAAUUUGAACAGGAACUUGCUUGGGAUUUAGAUAAAACAAGUUUAAAACAACACCGUUUACAACGGAGUGCAUUGAAAGUGACGGUAUCUGCUGUUGAUAGCCAAUCACCAGUUAAAGAACCAAUUGGAUUUUUCAUGUUAGAUUUACGUUCAUGUUCUACCGAAAAAGUCUACAAAUGGUAUCGAAUUCUGCAUAGUAAAUAUAAAGGCAGUCCAGCUGUAUUUGCUUCAAUUUAUUUAGAUAUUGAAGGACAAGAACUUGUAGCAAAUCCAAAAAUGAAAACAGGUUUGGCGAUGAGCCUAUCAGAAGCUGAUUUAAUACCUCGUGUUUAUAAUUCAGAAGAAGACAAUCAACACUUUUCACUACCUACAACAAUGACAAAUAUACAACCAACAAAUAUCACUUGGUAUACAAUCGGUCCAAGGCGUUUAGCAAAAGAAUAUUUUAUGUUAACUUUUCAAUUUGAAGAAGCUUUUAAAUUAGAAUCAUUAAUUCCAAUUGAACAAAGUUUAUGUUCAGGUGAACAUAUUGGUGGAUUUCAUUUUACAUGUGAAUUAUUUGGUAUUUCAAUUUAUUCUAAUCAAUUCAGUCAAUUAAUGCAAGUGAAAUUCAGUCCAACCGAACAAACUUUCUAUAUUAAAUCAACAGUUGACAUUCUGCGUAUUUAUUUUGUGCAUAUUACUCCAUUAAUGAUCAAAUUUUGUUUUGGGAAUCAUGUAUUAGCACAUACAACAGUUCCAAUAGAACAACUUAUACCGUUGAAUGAUCAUGUACUACAGAAUACUGCUGUAUUAAAUAGAAGUUUUGAUCUUAUCUCCGAAGAAUCUAGUCAACAGUCAACAGAAUAUCAAAUUAAGCAUACUGAAGAUAAACCACGUGUCAAUAUAAACAUAACACUUCGACGAUAUCCUGAUACAAAUACAACACAACGAUCGACCAUGACAACUAAUAUUAAUAGUAACAGAAGACUGCGCAAUAUAACUGAUUCAUUAAAUCAUAUUUCUUCACUGAAUCUCGAUCCAUAUGCAGAUGUAAAUACAAUGAAUUCGAAUGUAAAUGAAAAUUAUGAUAAGUCUGUUACUUCGUUACCGGAGGGAAGAACACUUAAACAAUGCAGUAGAACAAUUGAACGUGAUGACUCUAUAUGUCCAUCAAAACUACUGAACUUUUCUCAGUCAGUGGAUGGUACACCAAAGUGGCGUCGUUAUUGUUACACUAUUGAAUUAAGAAGUGUAAAAAAUAUUCAGGGUUUCGAUCAUGAGUUGCAGCUUUACGCCAGAUAUGUAUAUCCGUUGUUCGGAAGUGGAGCUCCAGUUAUGACACUUCCACCAAUUGCCAUAGCCAGACAUCAAGAGGUUAUUUUACCACAUGGAUUUUGUGCUUUCGAGUUUGCUGCAUCACCUGAAGAAUUGAAAACUCGUCUUAAUGACAAUCCAUUGAAAGUGGAAUUUUUCGAUCGAUCACAAGGUACUUUAGCAACAGAUUCCUUUAUUGGAUAUGCCCUUAUACCAUUAGUAUCAGUCUUUGAAUCACCAAUUGUAAAAGCCACAAAAGAAUCGUCUACUUUAGUCAGACGUAUAAAUGAUAAUGUUGACAUGUUAGCUGAACAAAGCAAUAUAAAUGAAUUAAAAGCUAUUGGACAACUUGUUUAUUCUCUACAGUUAGAAGAUUUCGGUACACAUACUGUAGAUAGUAAUACAUCUACAUUAGAUAUGACAAAUGGAUUAGUUCAUCAAAUAAAUGAUGAAAUCAAGUCUGAACCUUCAGAUAUACGAUCAACUCGUGAAUAUCAAGUGGCUGUUGAGCUAGAACUGUGGCGUGCAGCAGAAGAAGCCAAAUUCACUGCUCAAUUAAAGAAACGAGAACAGACACUGAUGGCUACACUUGCUGAAGAAUGGCAUAAAAGAGAUAGUCAACGCGAAAUUAUAUAUCGUAAAAAGCUUUCUGAAUAUCAAGCUUUAGAGGAAAAAUUGCGCAAUACACUCAUUGAACUUGCUACUAGAGAGCGUCAGCUAAUCGCGGGUGAGGCAGAACUGGUACGCCUGAAACAAGAAAAUGCAAGGGAAUUGGAAGUUAGACGUAAAGAAUUGAAUCAACAGUCUCAAGUUCAAAUUCGUGAUUUAGAGAGUCAGAUGAAAUUGGAGAGAAAAAACUCUGAACAUUGGAAGUCACAAAUUGUUGAAUGGCGAAGUAAGUAUGCUUCUCUAGAGGAAGAAAAUAACAGUUUACGAAAUGAAAUAAACGGUAGAUUGAAGAAGUCGAUAGAUAACAAAGUGUCUGGAGAAACUCCCUCAAUAAACAAUGAAGUGGCCCGACUGACUGCAGAGUUAGCAGUUGCUCGGGCUACACUAUCCGAAACAGAAUGCCGUUUAGUCGAAGUAGAACGUGGCCGAGCAAGGUAUCGUCAGUUAUGGAUGAAAUCUCUGCAUGAACUAGCCAAAGUGAAACAAGAAGCAGAUGAAGCUACUCGAAUUUCACUGGCACAAAAAGAGGCAGAACUUGAACAACUUAAGUCUUACUAUUUGAAUGUCGACGACAAGCGACCGAGUGGUCAGGAUUUAAAAGAAGCGACAGACGGUAACUUGGAACGAUCCAAAAAGCAGGAUGAAAUGACAUCUCAAAUAAAUGAUUCUGAUGCAAAGCCUGUAAUGGACGAGAAAGUUGAAGCACAGAUUACUCGGCUCAUUGAAGAACGUGAUGGCCUACUAAAUACUGGUGUUUACGAGAACAGCGAUUCCUUAAUUGUUGACCUCGACCGGCAAAUCAGAUACUUUCUGGAGAAAGCAUAA